AUGUCAGAACCAACUCAAGAUCAACCUCAAGAGCAGCAAUCUCAAGAGCAACAGCAGCAAGAGCAACAACAACAACAACAGCAGCAGCAGCAGCAAGAACACCAACCAGAACAACAACAAUCCACUGAAUCAUCUGAAAAUGAAUCUCAACAAGCUCAACAACCAUCUUCUCAAGAUGAUGAGAAACAAGUAAAUGCUGCUUCUGCCAAAGAAGGUGGACGUGAAGUUUCAAAUAAGAUUUUGUAUGUUGGAAAUUUGCCCAAAUCAGCUAGUGAAGAAACAAUUCAAGAAUUGUUUUCUGUUGGUGGGAAUCCAGUUAAAACUAUCAAAAUUUUAAAUGACAAAAACAAGGCAGGUUUCAACUAUGCUUUUAUUGAAUACGAUACCAAUGAAGUUGCUGAUAUGGCUUUGAAUACUUUGAAUGGAAGACUUGUUGAUGAUGUUGAAAUUAAAGUUAAUUGGGCUUUCCAAUCAGCUGCAAUUGCCGGUAAUCCAAAUAACACUGAAGAACCUUUGUUCAACAUUUUUGUUGGAGACUUGAGUCCUGAAGUAAAUGAUGAAGGUUUAAGAAAUGCUUUCUCGAAAUUUGAAUCUUUGAAGCAAGCUCAUGUCAUGUGGGAUAUGCAAACUUCAAGAUCAAGAGGUUAUGGGUUUGUAACUUUUGGUAACCAAUCUGAUGCUGAAUUGGCUUUACAAACUAUGAAUGGAGAAUGGCUUUGUGGUAGAGCUAUUAGGUGUAACUGGGCUUCUCAUAAACAACAACAGCAACAGCAACAUUAUAACAACCAACAUGGAGGUGGUUAUAGUAGAGGUUAUCGUAAUAACAACGGCGGCAACAAUAACAACCGUCAAUUCAGACAAUUCAAUAAUAUCAAUAAUGGUAAUAAUAAUGGAUUUUCUCAACCUUUGGUAAACAAUAAUCCUCAAUUUAUUGGUCAACAACCACCUCAACCUGAUCAACACCAACACCAGCAACAGCAACAGCAACAGCAACAACAGCAAUCAGUUAAUGGAGCCAAUGGUGUACCACAACAAAUGUUGCAAGGCUUGACUAAUGGUAAUCUUGGACCAGGAACCCCUAUCAAUGGUAGUAACAAUGCUGCUGGUGGGUUUAAUAACAAUGGAACUGCUGGUAAUGUUGCAGGUGCACCAGUGGCAGGAGGUCCAGGUGCUAUUCCAGUAAUGUCACCUCAAUCUUAUGAUAUUGUUUUAAGACAAACUCCAUCUUGGCAAACAACAGUAUAUUUGGGUAAUAUUGCUCAUUUUACUCAGCAACAAGAAUUGAUUCCACUAUUACAAAAUUUUGGGUUUAUAGUUGAUUUCAAAUUUCAUCCAGAAAGAGGUUGUGCAUUUGUCAAGUAUGAUACACAUGAAAGAGCUGCCUUGGCGAUUAUUCAAUUAGCUGGGUUCAACCUUAAUGGAAGACCAUUGAAAUGUGGCUGGGGUAAAGAAAGACCACCACAAUUCCAAAACUUUCCAAGAAAUGGCAAUAUGCAUCAAGUUCCAAUGUAUGGACCUGGUGGAAGACCUUAA